AUGCCAGACCGUGCCCUUGUUGAGUUGAUUACCCAGCGUGUUGUUAAUAGACUGACGACAGACCAGGCAUGUAGCGGUUGUGCUUUGCGGACUUGUGAUGCAGGAAACCGCGCGUGUGAUGCUGUCGCACAGCAGCAGCAGAUUCCGGUUGGGGUUUCAGCACGACAUGCCCAUGUAACGCAGGAGCACCUUGAAAUUCUAUACGGUGCAGGACACCAACUUACUGUCUACGCCCCACUCUAUCAACCGGGAGCAUUCGCCGCGAAUGAGACGUUAACCAUCGUUGGGAAACGGAUGCGUGCUAUUGAAGCGGUUCGUAUCCUUGGUCCGGUGCGAGAUUACUCCCAAGUCGAAGUUGCUCAAACGGAAGCAAUCCGGCUUGGAUUAAACCCGCCCAUUCGAGACUCAGGUGACCUUAUCGGUGCGGACCCUAUUACCGUCGUUGGUCCCGCCGGAAGCAUUUAUUUGGAGGAAGGGGCAAUCUGUGCGACGCGACACAUCCACAUGACCCCCGGAGACGCUAACGCACUCGGUAUUCGCGAGGAUGCCCUUUUAAAAGUACACUUCCGUGGCGAGCGUGCUUUAACCCUUGAAAACGUCCGCCCUAAAAUUUCUGAAGAUUAUGUGCUUCAGAUGCACUUAGACACUGACGAUGCCAAUGCGGCAGGUUUAAAAGGCGGUGAACCCCUUGAAAUCGUACGCGAUGCUGGUUGA